AUGUUGGUAAUUUGUAAACCACGUACUGGCGAGGUUUACAGGGCAGUGAAAUGGCAGUUAAUAUACCCUACUACUAGCCGAGGUUUCUUUCCAGUAUGGUUUUAAGCCGCUUAUGAAGUUUUUUACUUUUUGCCUCCCAUUACAGACACGAAAAUUAAAACCGGCCGUUGUUGCUUAUCGCUGAUUAUACCCUUUUACAGUCAUCUGACGUCAAGUUAGUUAGUAACGUAUAAACGCUUGCCUGAGAAAAUAGUGAUUGCUCAAGCUUGCAAACUUCGCAGCUUGUGUUCUCUCAUCAGUUAUUAAAAUGUUACGCCAAAUUAAUACGAUUUAAAUUGCUGAACGUCAAGCUUGCAAUGGACAGGCAACACAAAAUGUCAUUAAAACGUCGAGUCGAGUUAGUUUGACCUGAGCCUGGCCGAUAAAGGCUACAUCAUAGGCCUAGGUUAGCUGCGGAGCCUUUGACUGUGGCUUAUAGGACUUCUCUUGUCAACAAAAGAUGGAAUAUUUGCCAUUACACAAGUUUGGCAAUGGGUUUCUUGGCUUCUACUUUGUGUGGAGUGUCUUUAUCAACUUCGACUGCAAUAAGUGUGGACAGACUUCUCGCUUUGUUGCUGGGGCUCAGAUACAGACAAGUUGUAACUUUGAGAAGAACAUAUAUAAUCGCUUUUGGUUUCUGGUUUUUGUCCAUCGUUGUUUCAUCUACUUUUACAGUUUGGAAUAUUCUUAUACUUUUUUGGUAUCAAUAG